CUGAGGAAGGGGGGACAGGAGUCUCAGAAGCAAUACUGGCCCCAUAGCGGGCUACCAGGCACACUAGAUAGUCCCCUACCCUGCUUGCCUCCUCUCUCCCUUCUCCUCUCAGGUUAUUUUUGAUUUCUCCCUUGCCUAACACCCUUCUUCCCCUCUGUGCCAGUGUCCACACCCUCAUCCUCCCCGUCACCUCCUGGUCACCCUACACCCAGGACCACAGCUGUCAGCAGUGUCCUCAGCUCAUGCUGGCGCUCUCUCCUUCCUCAAUAGCCCCCAGAGGGCCCCCUGGCCAGACGGGGGCCCCGACUCGAGAGCUGGCACUCUCCGUUGCCCUCUGGUUGAGUUGGGGGGCAGCUCUGGGGGCUCUGGCCUGCGCCAUGGCUCUGCUGACCCAACAAGCAGAACUGCAGGCCCUAAGGAGAGAGGUGAGCGGGCUGCGGAGGACUGGAGGACCUUCCCGGAAGGGGAAUGGGCAGCCCUGUCAGAGCCUCAGAGAGCAGAGUCCUGAGGACCUGGAAGGCUGUGGGGAGAAUGGGGAGUCAAUCCGGAGGAGAAGAGCCUUGUUCACCCCAAAACAGAAGAAGCAGCAUUCGUACUCGGCUCUGCACCUCGUGCCCGUGAACACCACCUCCAAGGAGGACUCUGAUGUGACAGAGGUGAUGUGGCAGCCUGCUCUCAGGCGGGGUAGAGGCCUGGAGGCUCGAGGAUAUGUUGUCCGAGUCUGGGACUCUGGAAUUUAUCUGCUCUAUAGCCAGGUUCUGUUCCACGAUGUGACUUUUACCACGGGUCAGGUGGUUUCUCGGGAAGGCCAGGGAAGGGAGGAGACUCUCUUCCGGUGUGUAAGGAGUAUGCCCUCCAACCCUGACCGCGCCUACAAUAGCUGCUACAGUGCAGGUGUCUUCCGUUUGCACAGAGGGGAUAUCCUGAGUGUCCUAAUCCCCAGGGCAGGGGCCAAACUCAGCCUGUCUCCACAUGGCACCUUCCUGGGGCUGGUCAAACUAUGACCGUGUUCCGAGGGGUGGGCCCGAGCCUGGAAGACCAGGGCCUAUGAUUUCAUGGAUAUUAAAGAGCUAGAAGAACUUGCUUUUAUGCCCCGAGCAGGGGGCAGGGAGGCACGCUUCAGUCCAGACCUACUACGGGCCCCACUAGAAUGCUUCCAUACACAGCACUACCACCUAGCGGGAGUUUGAGGGACUCAUCCUACCUAAUGGCGGGGAUCCACGGAGCCUCGCGCCGCUCCCUCAGCGAAGCCCUCGGUGCCCUCUGCCGCACUCCUCCUCUCGGCACCGAGAAGCCUCGCCCCCACCCUACUGGCCGCUACUUCCCCAUACAUUUUCUCCUCUAUCUACUGAGGACCCGUCUUCAUCACUAUCUCCAGAGGUGCCUUUAUGAUGCGCCCGUUUGCUAGGGGUCCCCUCUCGGCCACAUUACUCUUCGGGGUCCAAAUUUUGUCUGCGGCGCGCUCUACGCCCUGGUGUGGCAAGUCACUCCAAGCCACGCUUGGCCAGGCCAGGUCCCCGGGCACCCGGGACGGAUGCCACGGCCAGGUGGUGGUCACGAAGGUUACGCCUGGGGCUCUCCUUUCUGCUCCGGCCUUGCAUUAAGUUACGUAAAUAAAAAAUAAAUGAUACCCCGGGCUUGUUUCCCCCACUGCCUCGCCUCGGUCCUUUCCCUCCCAGUUUGCCACUGGCGCGUGCCGCUGGACGAAGAUACUGGGGUUCCCCCCGGUUGCACGCUAGACUAGC